GGGAGCGAGAAGUCUAUAAGUUUAAAAGCAUGGAAGUUGAAGAGAAGGGGAACAAUAAUAGAUAGCAUGUAACUUUUGUAUGCUGAUGUGCUUAUGACUGGAUUACUGGAUCACUGAGAACCGAGGACGCCAACUAAAAUUAUCAAAACUUGUCUAUUCUCUAGCAGUCCACCAGGAGUAGUGGACUCUUGUGUUUGUUAUUUUAAAUUUAAAUAAAAAAAACGUGGAAAAUUAUUUAAAUAAUUUUAAAAAGUGAUAGGUAUUUACAUUACAAUGGUGGCUAAGGACAGCAAAAAAGAUUUAGGAGUUAAGGAGGAGUCAAUGAAUCCUUAUGAAAAACCUCCAGAAAUAUCAGCACGUCAAUCAUUUAAAAAUUUUUUUUACAACAAAGAAACUGGAGCUAUAAUGGGCAGGACACCCAGCAGUUGGGGAAAAGUUGGAUUAUUUUAUUUGAUAUUUUAUGGAGUACUUGCUGCAUUGGUAGCAAUUUGUUUUUGGUUUUUUUUCCAAACACUUGAUAUGAGAAUACCUAAAUGGCAAUUAGAUAGUUCAAUUAUUGGAACAAAUCCAGGUCUGGGAUUUAGACCGAUGCCACCAUCGUCCAAUGUUGAGAGUACUUUGAUUUGGUUCAAGGGAACAGAUCCAGAAAAUUACAAGCACUGGGUUAAUGAAUUGACUGAUUUUCUAGAGGAUUACAAGAAAUUGGGAUCGACUGCUGGUCGAGGUGCAUCAACAACAGAUUGUGAUUAUCAUAAAUUACCAAGUCCUGAACAAGUUUGUAUUGUAAAUGUACGACAAUGGCAUCCAUGUACCCAAGAAAAUUUCUUUGGCUAUCAUAAAUCUGGUCCUUGUGUUUUUAUAAAACUUAAUAAGAUUUAUGGCUGGAAACCAGAGUACUAUACAUCAGUUAACCAACUGCCGGAUAAAAUGCCCCGUGAUUUAAAAACAAUAAUUGGUAACUUAACUGUACGUCAAUCAAAACAAUUAAAUACUAUCUGGGUGUCUUGUCAAGGAGAAAAUCCAGCAGAUGAAGAAAAUAUUGGACCAGUUAAAUACAUUCCGCAGCAAGGAUUCCCAGGAUACUACUAUCCUUAUGAAAAUACUGUCGGUUAUCUCAGCCCAUUGGUUGCCGUUCAUUUCGAAAGACCAAAAACUGGAAUUCUUAUUAACGUUGAGUGCAAAGCUUGGGCAAGAAAUAUAAAACAUAAUCGUAAUGAUAAAAUAGGAUCAGUUCACUUUGAACUUUUAAUUGACUAAAAUUAUUACAAAUUUUUUUUAAAAAAUAAUGAAUCUCAAAUGCGACAUGACAAUUCGCAAAAUUUAAUUAUUAAUUUUACAUAAGCAUUUAUGAAAAAAAUGGAU